UGCAGCGUUGUGAUGCUAGGAGGAGAAAGAAAUGCUAAACUGUAAACUGUAGCCGGCUCAUUUCAACUUUCUGUAACCGACAGACAUUAGGUGACAAAUGCAGAAGACACACUGCUACCUGGUUGAUGAUUUUAAGUGUAAUUUGUUGUCUGAAAAACCACAACGGCUCCCAUUAGAGUAAUCUACAAGCAGUAUAACGUUAACGACACGUAACAGCGUGUGGCGUCAAAACAACCAACAUUUGACCAGUUUUCUUCUGUCCCCACUGAAUAUCUCUCCUGACUCAGCAAGACCAGAAAAAAAAAUGCCAUCGAGAAAUCAUCUUGACAAAAUCGGGAGGAAGAAGAAGAAGAAAUGGACAGAGGAGGCCAUGGAGCGCGCACUAAGUGAGGUGAGGUCGGGGAGGUGCACGGUGAGACAGGCUGCCAAGGAGUUUGGAGUCCCUAAAUCAUCACUGGGGGACAGAGUCAGUGGACGGGUGACACCAGGGAGUCGCAGCGGGCCGGCUCAGCUUAUAACCUCUGAUGAUGAAGACCUGCUAGUGGAGUUCUCCUUGUACAUGUCCAAGCAUGGAUUCCCACUCACUAAGCAGCAGCUGGUGUCCUUCGCCUCUUCCAUUUAUAAGCGGCAGCACCGCAGGGUGGCCUUCUCUAAGCUGGGCCAGACUUGGUGGCUCAAUUUUAGAAAACGGCAAGAGAAGAAUAUUAACAUCCAACCGGCAGACAGUGUUGUCCGUGGCAGGACAGUGUGUGUGAGAAAGGAAGCGGUGGACCAGUAUUUUCACUUGCUGAGCUCCAUCAUGGAUGCUCACGGACUGAGGGACAAACCUCACCAAAUCUUAAACUGCAAUGAGACGGGCUUUCAGCUGGGCAGGAAGAGGGUGAUUCUCCCCAAAUCUGCCAGUCUUGGCUGCAAGCCAGUGCCAGGCUCCAGGGACAACAUCUCUGUCCUGGCUUGCUUUAGUGCAGCUGGAGAGGACAUCCCCCCGUUUAUUAUCUACUCAAAAGCCUACCCAGGCGGAGUGUGUUACAAGACUCAAGGCCCGCCAAAUGCCCUGUAUGGAUGGUCGGACUCGGGGUGUAUCAACUCUGACCUUUUCAAGAAGUGGUUCCUCAAACACUUCCUAAUGCACGCACCAAAGGAGCGUCCACUGCUGCUGAUUUUUGACGGCCACAAGUCGCCUGUAAACCUGGAGGUGGUGGAAGCAGCUCGCAAGGAGGACAUUAUACUUCUGUGCCUCCCACCUCAUUGCUCUCACGUCCUGCAGCCGCUCGAUGCAGGGGGUCUCUUUGCGCUCCUGAAGCGGCACUUCGCAGUACUCAUAGGUGACAGUUGUACCACUGAUACUCACUUUGCAGUCAGCAAGAAGGAGUUCUCAGGUGUGUUUAAGGGGACGUAUCAGUUAGUGAAAGAGGAGGAGGGUGUCCGGAUUGUCAAGGAAAGCUUUAGGAAAUGUGGAAUCUACCCGUUGAAUGACUUUGCCAUUAAUGAGGCAAGUUUAAUGCCACAGCACAGCACGGGCCCAGCAGAUAGACCCUCCUUGUCCACACCAGUACAGGGGAUGCACACUGUAGGGGACCUCACUGUUGCUGGACCCUCAUCCUAACAGGGAAAAUUGACUGACUUUAUAAUUUAACAAAACCUGAAUGUAUG